AACAGCAUUAACUCGUCUGUGAAAUUCAAUGCAUAGUUAAUAAAAUUUAGUGUGCUUUAAAUAGCAGACUUUUAUUCAGUAUUACGAAGCUUUCCUGGAAACCUAUUUGGUAUUUAAAUUGUAGUACAAAAAAAAGGGAAAAGCUACUUAAAAACCAUGACAGUUGAAUAUAAAAAUAAUUAGAAAACGAAGAGUUGUGAUGAUUAAACAGAAGUGAUUACACCAAAACACACAAAAAAAUUUCAAUUUCAAUUAACUGAGGAAUGAAGAUAUCAUUUUAAGCAUCUUAAGGAUUCAUUGUGAAAUAAAAGCAUCAUCUAUCAAUCAUUUUGUGUCCUAGAAAGAGAAGAGAGAACAAAUCAAAUCAAAUCUUUGAUGAUUUGUUAUUUAAAACGACGAGAAAGAUGUCAGAACAAAAAUCUUUAUUGUUGUCGUCGCAUCACUUCACUCAUCAGCAGCUGCUUUCAAUUAUUCUGAAUAAUAUCACAAAAGCUAUGAACAAACCGGAUACAAAUGACACAAGAAGUGCUUUAACUAAAUUCCAACAGUUUUUCCUCAAAUCCAUUUAUCCCUUUCACAAUGGAACGAUUCUAAAUGAUUCCUUGCACUAUGUUACGUGCCCGUCAAUACAACAUCCUAUGGGAAAUGUGAUAGCCAUUACACUCUAUCUUGUUGUAUGCAUUGUCGGCUUAUUCGGAAAUUCUCUUGUCAUCUAUGUUGUGUUAAGAUUCUCAAAGAUGCAGACCGUCACGAACCGCUAUAUAUUGCACUUAGCUAUAGCAGAUGAAUGUUUUCUCAUCGGCAUCCCAUUUCUGUUAACAACAAUGUAUUAUAACGAGUGGAUGUUUGGGUCUUUCAUAUGCAAGCUCUACAUGAUCAGCACUUCCAUUACUCAAUUUACAUCAUCAAUAUUUUUGCUUAUCAUGUCAGCGGAUCGAUUUAUUGCUGUCUGUCAUCCCAUAUCGUCACCUCGCUUCAGAACGCCGCUCAUCUCAAAAAUUGUGUCAUUAAUUGCCUGGGGAACGUCUGCAUUAAUUAUGUUGCCCGUCAUGCUUUAUGCAAACACGACCGAGAAGUUUCCUGGAUCGAGGAGUAUGUCAUGUAACAUUUUAUGGUCGAUUGACGACAAUUUCGUGGGGUCAACUUUCACACUUUAUUCGCUAAUUCUCGGCUUUGCCAUACCAUUGAGCUUGAUCCUUGUGUUCUAUUAUUUAGUUAUAAAAAAGCUUAAGACUGUUGGCCCGAAAAAUAAGUCAAAAGAUAAGAAACGUUCGCAUCGUAAAGUUACUCGACUCGUUUUAACUGUCAUCACAGUGUACAUUCUGUGUUGGAGUCCUUAUUGGGUGAGCCAAAUGGCUUUAAUUAAUUCAUCGCCAGAGUUGUGUCAGUCGAAGCUUGAGAUUACAAUAUUUGUUCUCGUUGGAUGUCUUGGUUAUUCUAAUUCGGCUAUUAAUCCCUUACUCUAUGCUUUCCUUAGUGACAACUUUAAGAAGUCAUUCAUGAAAGCUUGUUUGUGUGCGAGAAGCAAUGACUUCAAUGGUCCGCUUCAUGUAGAAAACAGCAUUUUCCCUCGUUUCGGAAGAAGUCGAGGCUCAGAGAAGUUGACUUCGAUAGCGAAAAACAAUUUCAACAAAACGAAAACAUCGACCGCUGCUGGUGGUGGUACUAUUGUUAAAGACUCUGAAGGAGCAGUCGUUUUCCAGCAAGAUAAGUGCAAGAAUAAUGUUUUUGUCAAAACUACAGCGAUAACGAUUCCGUGCAUUCCUGAAAACAAGGAAAAUAAUAAUAUUAAUGGUCACAAUGAGACAACGAAUACAGUUCAACGAACCGCCGUCCUUCACACGGAUCUGUGAGAAAAUUCAGAACUCACAGAAAUGAACAAAAAAACAGAAAGGAAGCAACAUUAAUAUGAAAUGUUCUCCUUAAAUUAUCUAAAAAGAAUGUUGAGUUAUCUCGCUCAGCCGACCCAGUCAACAUGAUAAACAUCUUGAUGUAGACCCUCGUGUGAAAAACCUCGUCACAAUUUGACGUUUAUGAAGUGUUUGUGUUUUGUAAAGAUACAAAACAUAUUCUGUCUAAAUGAUUCAAUAAAUGGUAUACCAUAAAAAUGUUGAAGAGUAAUUUAUGUCUCAACAUAAGCUCGAGUAAAAGUUGUCUACUUUUUUUGCUUGUCAUUUAUGACUCGCAAACGUGUGUAAGAUAAAAAAAGAAAAAAGGGGAAAAGAAAAUUGUUUACAACAGAAUAAAGAUUCAAUCAAAAUAAUUUUUUUUCUAAGAUAAAAUGAUGAAAAUAUUAGUCAAGAUCAUGAAUGAAUUAAAUUAUUUAUUGGUUUGAAGAAGAGAAAAGUAAUUUAAUCAUUAGAAGCAAGGACAUAAAUCUGUGCCGGAACAAAAAAGUGGAACAAACAAAUAUGAGGCGAAAGAGAACGACCCAAAGCCCUGAUCAGAAGUAUCAAAUCCACCAGCAAACAGAGAAACAAAAGCUCAAUUUUCAUUCAAACUUACAUUUCUUCUUAAUCAAGCUUUCCUUUACCUCAACAAAAAAAAAUUCUUCAUGCAUUAAUAUCCGUCAAAUUAAUUAUGUCUUGUAAUUUUACUUUAUACAAGGAUCUUAAAAGAAAUUAAUAAAAAUAUAUUUGAUAACUUGUUGGU